AUGGGUUUGCAAAAAAUACAGUUUUCUUCCGUCAGCAUGCAGCGUAGGAGCGGUUUGUAUAAUGGAUGGAAGGAGAUGGCUGCAAAAGCUGGAGCUGAGAGGCCGGAUCUAAGAGUUGCACAAGCUGUGGACCAAAUAACUACAGGUGGUGCUAAUGGUCACCCACCUCAGAGACUCUGUGUUUUGGGGACACUAGAGAGCAUCUACCGGAGCAGGAAGAAGAGGUCAUCUACUUAUGUCACUGCUCCCUCACCUACUAUUGUUGCACCUCUUGUGACACCUGUUCCAGCACCUGCUGCUGCCACCCCUCCUGUGACACCUGCUUCUGCACCCACUGUCGCAAACCCUCCUGUAACAACUGCUCUGGCACACGUUGUCGUCUCGUUUCCUGUGACGUCUGUUGCUUCAGCAGUUACUCCCCCAAUUGCUUCUAGAACACCUCUUGAGCCUGGCCCAGGUUCUUCACUUGGCUCCCAGAGCACCGCCAUCAAAUAUGCUGAAUCUUUGAGAUUCGAGGCAAACAUCCCCUUGGAGACAUGUUCACGACAGCCUGCCAGAGGGGAGAGUAGCCUGUUUGGAUCGGUGAGGAGCUCUGCUGCCCCAAAAGACCCUAAGGCCCAGACUUCUGCCAGCAGCGGUGGUAGUCGGUCUACCACUGCGCAGACUGAGAAUGAGCUUUGGACCCAGGUGGCGGGAGAAAUGAAGGUGAGGGUUUAUAACCUUGAAGCGAAGGGCAUCACCUUCGAGUCCAAGGAUGCUCUUGCCAGGCAGGUCGCUUCAAUGAAUGAAGAGAUCCGCCAGUUAUGCGAGCAGAUUAUAAAAGGCCAACCUAGGGUCGAGGACUCUAUAGCACGCAUAGCAGAGACUUUAGCAGAUGUUCGGGGAUGA